AUGCAGAGAAUGCCAGAACAUAAAGAGUCGUCUCUGAAUACAUAUCCUACUUUUGAGCCUGUCCAUCCAGAGUCGAGUAGUAUGGGGAAGAAAUCCUCCUACAUAAGAAAGAAGCUGUCGAAGCUGGGCCUGAGUUCGUCAGAGGUAAAUCUCAGCAGAGAUCAAACAGAGGAAGAAAACAAUCGUCCAUUGAUAGAGCAAGAUGAUGAAGAUGAUAUUGGAAGUCCAUCAAAUGGAUUCACCAAGCCAGAGAUCAGAAUUUCCAAUUCAAUGGAUGAUGCAGAAAUCCCAACCUUAUCUGCAGAUACCACUGAUCCACAUUCGAGUUCUUCAGGGGGGAAAAUGGACACAAAGAAACAUCAAACUUCAACUACGCAUAAAAUAAUGCAAAAAUUGAACCAUUCUACCCAUAGUUUAACUGGAAUUAUCCCCCCACCGAAUUUGAAUAAACGAAAAUCAACUGUAUCUUUGAAUGGUUAUCCAUCCAGACACGAGUCACCUAACCGAAAUGCAAAUGGGUAUAAUGCGCCCAAAAUCCCCAGUAAAGUUUACAGCUCACCAAGCAAGAAUGGGUCGUUGAAUGGUAGAUAUUUGGCCACAAAUAACGAUCAUUCUUUUAUUACAGCAGCAAAUCAUAAUCAUACUAACAAUAACAUGUCAUUACCAAUGCCACCAACACUGCCCAGAACUUCAUCAUCCAGCUCUUCUAAACAUUCACCCAGCGGCUCUGUAUCAUUAAGCAAUCCUUCGUCUUCAGACUCGGAAAACCCAAAGCCUUUAACAGCAUCCUCUUUACCACAGUUUGUCCCCGUUAAUAUAACACAAGCCGCAAGUGGCGUACUGCUACCGCCAACAGCUCUUGCACCAAUUCAUAAGACAGUAUCGGGUGUUUCACACAAAUCGUCUAACUCUGCUUCAAAUAUCAACGUACCUGGAAGCAGUAGGGCAGAUUCAACCUCCCAAUCUAGUUGUUAUAAACGUAAUGCGGGCUUAUUACAAGCUGUUUAUCGUUCAACACAUAAAGGAGAUGACAUAAGCGAUAAUUCAGAUAUAAAUACAAAUGAGACUGAUUCGCAUCCUAGUGCCAAUACCAAUACCAACCUCCGUCAAGGGUCAUACCAGAAUUUUCAUCAAGCCGAUCGUGAAUUUUUCAGUGAUCACAAAGAAUACACAGUGUCACCAAAUAUAAUAAAUGAGUUUUUGAACCUUAAAAAAUCUUUUCAGGCUGGGAUAAAGAAACGUAUGGAGUUGUUAGAGAAAGAAAAUGAAAAUUUGGUAAGCAGAAUAAAACAAAAUAAUGAAAGACUCAAUAACGUCCACGCACAGCUGGCUGAACAAUUGGAUGAAAUUAAGAAUUACAUCGAACUGGUAAAUGAAAAGAAGGAUAAUGAAGUCAAAAACUUGUAUAUGGAAGGAAUCUCAGAAAAAUUGAGUGAUCUAAGUGCACGUAUAGAUACAGUAAAAAAGCAAAUGGUUAUAAACAAAUCCUCGGUUAAGCUAUUUGAUAAGAAACUAACUACAAUAGAAAAAAUAAGAAUUAGUAACAAGGCAAGAAACAAGUACAUCAAGCUUCUCUUGACAAUUGCUGCAUCUGUAAUAUUUCUGGUUUUCCUGAUAUUGAAAUUUUUCGGCUUCAAUUUAGUUCAUUUUUCUAUAUAUUAA